UAUCAACCAGAGGUGCGUGCUGUUGGCCAGUGGAUCCUCUCGGUGCCUUUUGUGUUGUCAGCCAAUUUACAUGAAGGCGAUUUGGUGGCCAAUUAUCCAUUCGACUCCGCUCGGAUACCGAACACCAACGAAUAUGCAAAAACUCCGGAUGAUCGUACAUUCCGGUAACAGAUGCUUCGUUCAGAAAAAACUAAACUGA